GGAAAGGGCUGCUUCUGCGCCUGGAACUUUUAGAAAGGAAGUGCAUCCUGUCCCUCUGGCUCCUGGGAACCUUGGGGAGAAAAUAACUGGCAUUGGACGGUGGAUUCCCAGGGAGCAGACUCCCGCUGCCCUAUCUGUUCCUCCAGCAUCUCCGACUAACUUCAGGGGUUUGCUAGACCAUUUGCCGCCUAGAGCUGAGCCGAGUCUCAGGGAGGCUCUGCUGAGCUGUGCCGAGAGUAUGAGGCUCUGGCCUCCACUGGCCGCUCACUCGUGAUCCUUCCACCACGGCGGAGCCUGCCAAGCCGACCUCCUGCCGUGUGGUGAUCUACCUGCAGCGGGAGAUGUCAGGGGACACCUGUCUGUGCCCAGCGUCAGGCGCCAAGCCCAAGCUAGGCGGCUUCAAGGGAGGAGGCCUGGGCAACAAAUACGUGCAGCUCAAUGUGGGCGGCUCCCUCUACUACACCACGGUGCGGGCGCUGACCCGCCAUGACACCAUGCUCAAGGCCAUGUUCAGCGGGCGCAUGGAGGUGCUGACCGACAAAGAAGGCUGGAUCCUCAUAGACCGAUGCGGAAAGCACUUAGGCACCAUUUUGAGUUACCUCCGAGAUGACACCAUCGUCCUCCCGCAAAACCGGCAGGAAAUCAAAGAAUUGAUGGCCGAAGCAAAAUAUUACCUCAUUCAGGGGCUGGUAAACAUGUGCCAGACUGCCCUGCAGGACAAGAAGGACUCCUACCAGCCUGUGUGCAACAUCCCCAUCGUCACAUCCCUGAAAGAGGAAGAGAAGCUCAUCGAAUCCUCCACCAAGCCCGUGGUGAAGCUGCUGUACAAUAGAAGCAACAACAAGUAUUCCUACACCAGCAACUCCGACGACCACCUGCUGAAAAACAUCGAGCUGUUUGACAAGCUGUCUCUGCGCUUCAACGGCCGCGUGCUGUUCCUCAAGGAUGUCAUUGGCGACGAGAUCUGCUGCUGGUCCUUCUACGGGCAGGGGCGCAAGCUGGCAGAGGUGUGCUGCACCUCCAUCGUGUACGCCACGGAGAAGAAACAGACCAAGGUGGAGUUCCCGGAGGCCCGGAUCUAUGAGGAGACUCUCAACGUCCUCCUCUACGAGACCCCCCGCGUCCCCGACAACUCCUUAUUGGAGGCCACGAGCCGCAGCCGCAGCCAGGCCUCCCCCAGCGAAGAUGAGGAGGCCUUCGAACUGCGGGACCGUGUCCGCCGCAUCCACGUCAAGCGCUACAGCACCUACGACGACCGGCAGCUCGGCCACCAGUCUUCCCACCGCGACUGACAAGACCCCGGGGGAGGCAGGGCACGGGCCGCCCCGCCUCCCCUCCUGGGGAGCCCUGCCGCACUGGCCGCCCCGCGCUGCUGCCGCCUGGGUUUCCGUCCCAGCACCCGGAGGCACGACAGGGAGUUCGAGGGCCUGGGCAGGAGAGGGACCCCCUCCCUUUGCCCCGCUCCCCGAGCCCCUCAAGGUGACGGAGUCCUGGACCCUCUGCUCGGCCUUCCUGGCAGCGAGCCGCUGCCGCCCCCCCGGGGUGAACGGACUGACCGGCCCACCUCCCACGAGAGCAUUCCCCUUGGCCCCUUCGCUCCACCGAGGGGCUGCCUUUGGGCCUCUGCUGAGGUGCACGGGGAAUGGGUUCAUUCCGGUGCUGGGGAGGCCCAGUCUCUCUCGGAAGGUGGGGCUCCUUUUCCCUUAUGGUGUUUAAGCACAGCCUUCACAGUUUUGGUUUUUAACAAAUUAUCUAGAAAAUGAAUAGUUUUAAAUCUUUAACAACGAGGGCCCUGGGUGACUUGGGCUACCCCUCAAGGGUGCCCUCACCGUGGGCAGGGCAUAGCCCUUGGCCUUUUUUGAUGCCUUUGGGAUCAGUUUCUUUAAAGCACUUUGUACUUUUAUUCAGGAGAUUUGUAUUCUGCCCUGACCCCCUCAUCUUUUUCUGACCCCAACCCCCUCUUUCCCACAGAAUCAGAGGGGCUAGAGAAGCAAUAAAAGCAAAGCCACCACCACCGAAACCAAUUUACUAGCUUUGGCUCUGCCGGGCUGGCCAAGCAGCCGGCCCAGAGAGCCCACAGGAAGAAAGGAUGUUUAAAUCGGGAACUGGGGUCCUGAUGAUGACUGUGAGAAAGGACCUUUUACCCCAAUGUCUUAAGGUCACGUACCUGACUCCUAGGGCCUCACAUGAUGGCUCUUUCCAAUUCUCUUGCCCUCACCUCCAAGGCGUGCCUUGUUUUACUUACCAGAGAGCUGUUGGAGCUGGGAGCAUGAGCCACGGUGGGCAGGCUGUGGGGCCUGUGGGCACUGCUCUUGGAUGCCCAUCAGCCGAGGACAGUGAGCACGAGCCCCGCAUUCCCGGCUCUGUGCCGAGGUGGCCUGUGCUUGGCCAUAUAACCACCGUCCCCCACCGCCUAUUAUGGGCUUCGUGUCCCGGCCAGGACGGCGGUUCUGCCCAGCGCAGAGUCUGGACGCGGGGUAACGUGAGCAGCCGAAGUCCCUUGAAAGCUUCCUUCGUUUCCUUCUCACUGGGUCACGUGGCCACGCACCAGCUUUUGGGCAAGGGUGCAAGGUUCUUCCUCGGGGCUUUUGUCCGCUGCCUUCUGUUUGGCUUGGCCCUUGGGAGGCUGCUUACCCAAAUUCUUCUCCAGAGGAAUGCUCUCAGGGAGGGCUCUGUUCAGCCAGCCUGACAAGACAGCGUGGCCACUGGGUAGUAGUCACCCGGGAAGGAACGCUGCUCAUCAGGUUCAUCGCCUGCCUGCUGUCACCAUAGCUAAGGGGCCUGCUUGUGGCUGACCCAAUAGAGCCUCUGGGCAAAUGCCAGGCUAAGGACAGUAGACACCCACAAGGACCUGAAAUGACAUGAUGGGGCCAGGGGCUGGGACUGACCAGGCAUUUACACUUGUCACAGCCUUGAAAAUAACAAGACUUUCAAGAAAGGCACCCUGGUUAUCGGCUCAGACACUUCUUUCAGCCCUCGCUGGAGUAACAAGAUGAAGACAAAUCCGUUUCUGUGGCCACAUUCCGGCAAUGGCUUUGUGGCUUUCCCACAGACGCCGGAAUGCUCCUGCCAGAGGCCACUGGCCUAUUUCUUCCUCUGCCCUCCUGAAGCCUUCUAAUGCUCCAAGUGCCGGCUCCCCACUGAGGUAUUUUAAUACCUGCCCUUUGACCUCCCCAGUCCAGCAGUCUCUCUUUACUGCUUUGACAUUUACAGCCGGCCCUCAGCCAUUUCCGUGGGGACUGCUCUCUUCCCGAGAAAGCACAGUAGUCCUGGACUGAUGCAAAGUAUCUCCUUGGUCUUAAGAAAAAUACUAACAUUGAAAUCACUGACAUAACUUUAGCUUCUUUAACCAGACUUUGUGGCACAAGUGCUUAGAGAACUUUCUUUGAGUUUCUCAGCCCCCUUCAGAAAGAAGCUCUUGGCUUUAUUUUUCGACUCCGAGCAGCCCGGGGAAAGUAAACAGAAAGCGUGCGUGAAGGUCAGACCUUACGGGUUUCUGAGAAAACCGGAAGCCUGCUGGUGACCCCGUGUACCCAUACUGGGUGUCAUUCAAUUUCUUAUCUGACUGAUACCUGCCUAAAGGAAGGCCCAGAACUUCUUUGUCACAUAACGACAAUUCUUUGUUGCUCAACAUAGGUGAUGGAAACAAACACUAAUUUCUAAUAAAAUUGUGUUACAGA